CAUCCAUCGGCCCCCACCAGCCAUCCGAAAUUUAUUUAUUCACAAUUUUAUUCGACAAUAUUAAUACCUACCUCCUAACUUCCCCUACAAAACGAAAUUGUUACACAAGAAAAAUCGGUAAAAACAAAUAAUUACUCCACAGCAAAAAAGAAUUAAAACCUCCACUCGAUUAAACAUCCCCACGCGCGGAAAAGAAGCAAAAGCUCGCACGCGCCGGUGAGCCGGAGUCAACCCAUAAAAAUAGGCGAGAAAAUGUCGUGGCAGACUUACGUCGACGAGCACUUGAUGUGCGAGAUCGAAGGACAGCAGGGACAGCAUCUCGCAUCCGCCGCCAUCGUCGGCCACGACGGCAGCGUCUGGGCCCAGAGCUCCGCCUUCCCUCAGUUCAAGGGGUCGGAGGUGAGCGACAUCAUGAAGGAUUUCGACGAGCCCGGUCACCUGGCUCCGACGGGGCUCCACAUCGCCGGGAACAAGUACAUGGUCAUCCAGGGCGAGCCCGGGGCCGUGAUCCGCGGCAAGAAGGGCGCCGGCGGGAUCACCAUCAAGAAGACCGGCCAGGCUCUGGUCGUCGGGAUCUACGAGGAGCCCGUGACACCGGGGCAGUGCAACAUGGUCGUCGAGAGGCUCGGCGAUUACCUCGUCGAUCAGGGUCUCUAGAGAGAUUCUAUCCCUCAAAAUUCAGCUAUCCACUACCGGAAUUUGGCACUAUGAAUUCAAUUUUGCUUUAUUAGUCUCCUCAUAAUAUGUAUUUUCCGUCGUGUUUUCUUCAGAGGAGUAAAACAGAGUGCUACUCUGUUUUUUCCCUCUUGCUUCUGUUCUUUCUGUUUUCAAUUUUUUUUCUUCUUGUUCUUGGUUACAAGGUUUGCAUUUCUGCCCGUUGUAUGGGAAGAUCGACGGUGCAGGCUAUGAAAGUUUUGGGAUAUUUCGCUCCUUGUUUCUUUUUUAAUCUAUGUUGGUUCUUGUUGAUUUGAUCAGGUGUACGCCUCUGUUUUCUUUUGUCGAUUGGUAUGAACCAAAGCUUUGGAAUUUCUGAGUUUAUUGAAUUUUGUCUCCUUUUUUGGUGAUUGGUUCUG